GGUUCGCUCCUGCCGUCCAUCACCGAGUGGUUGAGUCCUACCAGGCGGCAAGAUGAGGCAACCAGCACAAAUGAUGCGCACCUCUUGUGCCGAAUGCGAAACAGAAGGACGCAAGGCUGCCAUCCUGGGACAAAUACCUUCAACUUGAUUGUGCCCAAGUUCUUUCUUAGCGCGCCGCUCUUAUACUUCCUCCUGCUCCUUUGAUCACGCCCUGAUCCCUGCGCGCCUAUCUGAAACGAGACGAUUGCUCUCUUCUUUACCACUCGCCGAAGACACCGUAAUGGCGUCUAUAUUACGACAGAUCGUGGCCGGGCCGAGAGCCAGACAUGAGGAAACAGGCCUCGACCUCUGCUACGUUACAUCAAACAUUAUCGCGACAUCCGGGCCGUCGCAGACAUACCCGCAGCGGGCCUACCGCAAUCCCCUCGAUCGGCUAGUCGCCUUCCUCGACGACCAGCAUGGCGACGACUGGGCCAUAUGGGAGUUCCGUGGUGAGGGAACCGGGUACCCGGACGAUGCUGUGUACGGGCGCAUCAGGCACUACCCCUGGCCCGACCACCACCCGCCACCCUUCCGCAUCGUGCCCUUGAUAAUAGCCUCGAUGCGCAACUGGCUCGCCGGCGGAGACCUGGGCGGCGCCGGGCCCCACAGCACUGCAGACGAGGACGGUCAAGUUGGAAAUGGCGUCGAUGCCACGAUUCAGCCCGACCUGAAGAGUUCAGGAGACCGCCUAGCUUCGAGAGGAGUAGAAGGGGUCCAGGACAAGGCGAAAGCUGAGCGGCUGGAGUCGGCGGAGCACACAUCGCAAAACGUCGAGGCCGGGACCAAAAAGGGCCGCGUAGUCGUGGUGCACUGCAAGGCAGGCAAGGGCCGGUCGGGCUCAAUGGCGUGCAGCUUCCUCAUCUCGGAGCGUGGAUGGACGCCUGAGGACGCCCUGGCGAGGUUCACGGAGCGACGAAUGCGGCCCAAGUUCGGCGCCGGAGUGACGAUCCCCUCGCAACUCCGCUGGAUUAGCUACGUGGACAGGUGGGCCAACCAAGGGGGCAAACGUUACACGGACCGCGCCGUCGAGAUCCUCGAGGUGCACAUGUGGGGUCUGCGCAGCGGCGUCAAGGUCUCGGUCGAGCACUUUGUCGACGAGGGGCGCAAAAUCAAGGUGUUGCACACCUUCACGCGUGACGAGAGGGUCAUCGUCGAGGGCGACACCCCCAGUGCUGGCGCCGUCGCUGAGGUCGUUCCCGAUCUAACCAAGCUCGCCGCCGCAGAGGCCCACUCGGGUGCCGGGGAGGAUGCCGACUACGAGGCUGUAAAGGACGCGCCCGGGAAGAACGAUGGCGUUGAUGCUUUUCUCAUCAAGCCAAACAAGUCAUCCAAAGCCGCGAGCUUGAUGCGCAAGCUUUCCAAGCGCGCCACCAAGAGUCCCCAUAGAGUAAAGGCCGAACAGAGAGACGCGGCGUCCGUUUCUUCUUCCGCUGCGGCCAGCAGCCAGCUCCUAUCCUCGGCCACAACCCCCGCUACGACACCAGCCACGGCCUCGGCUUCACAAAGCUCACUGAGCAAGGCGUCCGUAAGCUCGGAAACCGAGCCUGGCGGAAUGGCAGUUAUAUUCAAGCCCAAGCAGCCGCUGAUAGUCCCGAACAGCGACAUAAACAUCGCCGUAGAGCGGCGCAACAAGGCACCGGCGUCCAUGGGGCUCAUGACCAUGGUCACGGCCGUGGCGCACGUUUGGUUCAAUGUCUUCUUCGAGGGUAGGGGACCCGAGCAGGGAGGCAAGGCGGACAACAGCGGUGUUUUUGAGAUUGAGUGGGACAAACUGGACGGCAUCAAGGGGAGCAGCCAGAAGGGGACGCGGGGCCUCGACAGGCUGGCCGUCGUCUGGAGAGCCGUCGAGUCCGCACAGGAGGAUGAGCCCAAGGGCACAUCACCCGCGCAAAGCAGGCCCCUGGAAAGCAACCAGGGGGGCGCCGCAAUCCACCUGACCAGAGCAUCCACCGAGAUCAGGGAGCCUGGCGAGGGCGAUGAGGUGCCGCAGAUGGUGGCGGCGGACUGGAAAGGGGCCAACAAGGAAGACCCAGAUGCGGAGAAGCGGCUGGGCCUGCGUGUCCAGGACCCCAACAGCGCCAAUGUCAGCAGAGCUAGCAGCAUAAAGAGUCUCAAGAUCGACAGGGGCGACGGGAAGAGUGCGCCAGGGCCGGUUGACUCUGGCAAAGACAAAGACGGAGACACCGAUUCGUUCGUGGGCGUCAAGACCAGUGGGCCCGAGGGAGAGCCUCUGGAUGAGUCCACCGUUCCGCUGGCGCCGUCGACGCUAACGGGCCGGAAGCCGGAAGCCGGCGGCACUGGGGUGGAGCCUUCGAUUGCCGAUGCAACCUCCAAAAAGGGCUUCAUCGUGGAAUGAUAAGGCAGAGCAGGCGGGUUUGCUAUAAUGUUGCCCUUAACGGAGCGUCCCCAAUUCUCGAAUUAUAAUCCCCAGUGUAUGCUCUUCCGACUUUUCGUUGCUCCUACAGCCCUCUACCUAUGUGUAUCAUUUUGGAUCAAGCCGCAG